UUGAUGAAGUGCAGAAAUGCACGCAUGUUCUGAAGGCUUGCCAGCAGUAUACAGUGAAUGGGGGAGUCCGCCAUGAUACCGGUUGAUAAAGGAUGGUUCUGCAGGAGUCUUAGUUUACUGUUGUUCGUCUUUUUGGCGAACGUAGCUUCUGAAGAUAGUUUACCCCAUGAGCAUGACCCAGAAAGCCCAAGGAGAAUCAGGGCAAGCAUGUUUUUCCAACCCGCCGGAGAAGAAACCAACGAGACCCGGGAGGAGACCGACAGUCGGGACAGGCUGAUGGAGACAGCCGCCGUCCGCGGGAGGGCGAACGAGAGGAAAGUACUCGGGGUGUUCGCCCGUGAGUACAAGUGUGGUGACGGGGAGACCAUCCCACAGCUCUGGAUCUGUGACGGGACGGAGGACUGUCGCAGUGGGAAUGAUGAGGAGAACUGUGCCGACCGUUGUGGCCCGCUGGGUUACCCAGACCUUGGCUGUGAGUGCGACAUCGGUUACUGCGCCGCCCAGCGGCCGUCCCCGCUCUGCAGGUGUCAACCCGGCCAGUGUAGGGCACAGAUACCGAGGAAAUGCGACGAAGCACCGAUCUUCCCAGCACCACCAUUCAACCCCUUUCUGUUGGCGUCCAGACAUCGGACCUCUGUAGCUGAGUGCAGUACCCCCGUAGACCUGGCCUUCGUGAUGGACGGCUCGGCCAGUGUGGGCCCGCUGGAGUUCGAGAAGUCCAAGAAGUUCGUGCGUGACGUGGUGGACGGUUUCGAGGUGGGUCCGGAACAGACGCGCGUGGGAGUGGUCCAGUUCGCGUGGAUGGUGCAGGCCGAGUUUCACCUGGGAGAUUACCUGGACGGCACAGACCUCAGGAACGCCAUAGCUCGGAUCCGUUACAUGGACGGGCCUGGUACGGAGAUCGGCAAGGCGCUGGUAUUCACGAACAGACGGCUGUUCUCGGAGCUGUACGGAGCCCGGCCGGAGACUCAGGGCGUCCCCAGGGUAGUCAUCCUCAUCACGGACGGCAGGAGCUCACCCGAGUCACAGAUCUCCGUGUGGACCGCGGCCCAGGAGCUUCACACGGCCGGUGUGGUGGUGUACGCGGUGGGGGUAGGGACAGCCGUGGACGAGGCUGAGCUGGAGACCGCCGCCAGUGACAGCUCCAAGGUGUACCACGUCAGGGACUUCGACUCGCUCAUGAUGCUGUCUCUACAGGACUCCAUACAGCAGAGCGUCUGUCUCGGUGGCGCGAACGUGACGGUCACGUGCACGUCCUACCACAUGCAGGUGGACCUCUCCCGCGCGCAGCUGCCCAACCUAGAGGCACGGCGCAUGCGCCUGAUAGACCCGUCCUGCAGAGCGACCAGUAACGCUACUCACGUGACCCUGUGGACGUACCUGGACAGUUGCGGCACCAGUAGAACAGAAACGGAAGACGCUAUUGUGUACAGCAACACGGUUGUUGAGGACCUGGACCUGGUGCCGGCGCCCACGGGCGGCAGUCCGGCUCCACAGUGCGGCCUGCAGGUCCGCUUCACCUGCCGCAUGGCCCGCACGGGAACCGUCGCCACUACGGGAGCCUUCAAUGCCAUCACCGAGCCGGAGAGAUUCUACAGCACUGGACAUGGUAACUUCCACCUGACGAUGACGUUCUACACAGACGGCUCCUACCAGGUGCCGGCCCGCGAGCCGCUGAGUGUGCGUGUGUGUGACAUGGUGUACGUACAGAUCCAGCUGUACUCUGCUGACCCUGACCUGACCGUGUUCGCACUGGACUGCUGGGCGACUCCCACAGCCGAGGAUACCGCCGGGCCUCUACUGUACGACAUCAUAAAGGACGGCUGUGGAGUAGACCCUACAUUCCAGGCUGGCACUUCUGGCAUCCCGUCUGCCCAACGGUUCGGCUUCCAGGCCUUCAAGUUUGCAGGUGCGUCGUCAGGGUCAGUCGUGCUGCGCUGUCAGGUGCUCGUGUGCGUGGCCUCUGACACGGACUCCAGGUGCGCCCAGGGAUGCGGCCAUGUCAGCCGCAGAGAGGCAAGGAAUGAUGUCAUUAGCUAUCAGGGCAUCUCAUUGGUUCGUGGACCCAUUGUGUUAACGAAGGAUGACUGAAGAUUGCAACAAAGCUGCUAUAACUUCUGACAAUGGCUUCAUUAUA